AUGGGUAGCAUCGGUGAUCUUCCAAUUGACGGACCAGAGUUUGACACAAGCUCUUGGAAAAAAUCUUCUUACUGGACCAAGGCCUCGGCGCUACCUGAAUUCAUUCUUCCCCUGGACGUCAGGUUCUAUGACCAGCAGCUCAAUUAUCGUGGAUCCAAGUCCUCGCCGGAACUUCUACAUCUAAUAUCUAGUGCUUCAAGGGUUCCUCCGCAGGUCCUGAGGGACUCUUCAAUUCUCUAUGAUACUGCACUGGGUCUCCGUAUUUCAUGGGCAGCUAACAAAUUUGCGGCACGAGAAGAGGAUGUAAUAUACGCUCUCAUACCCAUCCUCGGGAUCACACUCCAGAUCCGACAGGGUGAAGGUGCUCAGAAUGCCUUUAUCCGGCUCCAGGAAGAAAUCUUUCGGAACACUACUGACGGGUCGAUAUUGGCCUGGCUUGCCAAACCCACCUCUCAGAAGAUCCGCGGCCUCUAUGCGCACUCUCCGAGCGAGUUUCUCAAUUUCAUCAUUGCUUCCGGGAAUAAUACCGACCCCCCCAGAUGGGUGGCACCGUUUCGAUGGCCCGGACAAGUCUCAUUCAGCAACAAGGGAGCCCAUAUUCAGGCUCCAUCUCUCAAGGGUGAGAGGUUCUCUCUUAUCGGCAUCUGCAGUUCUCCUGGAAAACCAAACCCAGCCAUUCGUCUUCGAGAAUGGAAUGGAUUAUACGUUCGAGUCAUGGCCAAUGAACAUUUUGUCAUGGGCCAUAAUCUCACUCAGCAAAGCUUCGUGGUUUCCCGAGACAUUGGGCCACAGCUUUCUGCCAGAAUUGCUAGUCAAUUCGCCUACCAGGACGUUCACGGAACCGCCACCGGCAACUUGCCUUCUCCCCUACUAGAGCACCAGCUCUGUCCGCAGCCGCCUCACCUUCCCCUGAGGCCAAGGGCCAACCCGCUGGAUGACGCUUCAGGGCCUCGGACAUACUAUCAGGGUCUCCCCCAGCCUGGGAUGAAGAGACCAAGGCCCGAAAGAUCAGACAGCACCAGUGAUUCGUAUGAGUCCGACAGCUCAGACGAAGACACAAGUGACAGUUAUGAAUCGGAAUCUGAUAGCGACGCUCACUCUGAGGUCUACUCCGAAGACGGCGACGAAAGAGUCCCAGCUCCCUACCGGCUCAGUCCAGAACAUAAGUUCCAAGCCGAGCGCCCAGGUUUGCUUGAUGAGUGCCACGCCAAGUUCAUGGACUGGAAAGCCCUGGCACGCUACGUCAAACCUGCACAAGAUAGACUCCCUCCCCGCAAGCGUGCAAGGCCCAUGGACUCAGAUAUUGAAGACGGUCUCGACCAAGAAGACCCCGAUCUUGUCAUUCUCAGUCGGCACAACAAAGGCUUCUUCCAUCUUUCAUGUCCCUACUUUGAGCACAACCGCGAGAAAUAUCGUAGCUGCGUCAUGAACCAUGAUCUCCAGUCUAUUGGCGCCGUCAUCAACCAUCUGAAGGAGCAUCAUACCCAGCCGCCGUACUGCCCAAUCUGCCGCCGCCCCUUUGAACGGUGCAUGGAGCGGGACAUCCACGUCCGCGCCCGCACAUGCCGCCUAGGCGAGUUCGGCCCCGUCGACGGCGUCAACGAGCGCCAGAAGCGGCUCCUCAAGAAGCGCGACAAGCUCUCCCUGGGUGAGAGCGAGCGCUGGCGCCGGAUUUGGGAGACCGUCUUCCCGGGCGAGUCGCCCCCGCGCUCCGCGUACCUCAAGAGGGGUCUCGGCAAGGUCAUGUCGCUGGUCCAGGACUGCUGGGAGCAGCACGGGGCGAACUGGGUAGAAGAGUACUUAGAGAAGAAUAAUAAGCUGUCUAAUAAUCGAACGGACGAGGAGGAGAUGGCGGUGGAUGCGUUGAGCGCUCUGACUUUGCAGGAUCUGAAGGAGAGGCUGGCCAAUAGGCUGGCUGGGGCGGCGGGCUCGGUUGUCUUCAUCGAGCUCAGGGGCUUUAUCUGCACUUAA